UACCUGCUUCGGAGUGGGCUGACUUUGUAGCUCAAUACCUAAAAGAGGCCCUCACUCGGCGCUGCAAUCUUUGUUCUAAUCAUCAAUCUCUCCAUUGAUAAGUUAGUUCUCCCUCCUUCGCUUACAGUUAGAGUGACGAUUGUGAGAGUAUCAGAUGUUAUGUGAAUGCCAGAAAAAUAUUGGGGUGAAACUUCAGAACAAAUGAAUUGAACUUAUCGGCAAUUACCAAACACAGUGACACGACCAAACAUGAGUCUAUCUGCUAUUUUGGAGUUUCCUGAGACCACUGUGGAUUGUUCAAAGGCCUCCAAGAUAGAGCGAGGGAUCAUCAAGAUGGUCCAAAAGAUUCGGCCAGAUUGGUCAAAAGUGGAUAUCAUUCUUCAGCGCUUCGAAUCCGAAUUGGGUUGUCUUAUUUAUGGUGCCUACACAACCAAAAGGUCGGAGAUGAUCAUGACCAAAGUUGUGCCCGAUGCAAAAAAUGCUGGUGAUUUGAAUCAGGAGAUCACGUCCAUGCGACUCUUUGCUUCGCGCUUUUUCGGUCCAAGAGCGUUGAGUGCUUUCCGCAAUGGGUUCACUUAUGAAUACUCCUCUGGUGUUCCACUCAACUAUCCUUUGGCCAUCGAUCCCAAAGUCUUUCCUAUGGUGGCAUACAAGAUUGGUGUCAUGCACCAAGAGAUGUCCAAACAUGUGGUCAGUGUUCGGGGCGGCCACGUGUUCAAUUCCAUUCGUCGGUGGAUGAAGCAGGUGCCCCUGAGGUUGGCGGAUCCCGCUCAAAACUCAAAGAUGAACCAAGAGCUGCCUUCGAAGGCCAGUUUGGAAAGAGAGCUGUUGGAACUGGAAUCCGAUUUGAACCAGCCUCUGGUGAAUCGAAUAGUCUAUUGCCAUGGUGACCUCAAACCUUCGAACAUCAUCUACGAAGUCAAUACCGAAACGAUCCAGUUCAUCAAUAUGGAAUGCGCUGGCCCCAAUUUCCAGGCGUACGAGAUCGCACAACAUUUCAUUCACUUCAACAGCAGCGAUCUUGAACGAGUGGGUUACGAUGAGUUCGUGCCCGCCAAGGAAUUCCAACGUCGAUGGCUGGCUUUCUACCUCAGCGGCUUCAAGGACGUGCCACUCGUUCAGGUUUCGCCCAACGAAGUAGAGUCCUUGUUGGACAACGUCCAAAAGUUCGUUCUCGUCGUGCUUUUGCAAGAAGUGGUCUGGGCUUUAACUCGACUGGAUACCUUUUAUUAUCCGGAUUUCGAUCUUCUCCAAUAUGGUAUUCUCCGGUUCAAACAAUAUCAUCGCAACAAAUACAACAUUUUGAACAUUAUCAUCUAAACGACAUAAAAGGAUGUGUUUCGUUCGUUGUUCGGGACAUUAAUCUGCAAAAUAUAUCUGGAUGGGAUGGCUUGUGA